CAGCCCACUUGAGUCAUGGAUCGCUGUAUUUUUGGGUUUACGUGUAACAUGAGCUGUCGCAAAUGAUGGACGGAUUGGAUGUCACGAAGGCAUCACGGUCCUCUUAGUUGUACGGGCUCGGCACAACACUGAAAUUCGCGUCCAUGAUCGUGUGGUCCGGUAGAUGAAGGGAGUGGCAGCAACAUUAGCCCGCGGAAUUAAGCGGUGGGGCCCAACUGCAAGUCAGAAUCGCUCCGUGGUUACGUUCCCUCUUUUCUUACGACUUUUAAAAAAUUCAAAGGAUGCUCACCGACUAACUUUUCCAACGGUCGAAUUUUCCCGGUCUUUUUAAACUUCCGAAAACCCGCCUCAUUCUUCAGUUUCAAAAUUCAAAUGCAUCUUCAAGAUGAUCAAACACGCCGUGAGUCGACCUUUCCAUUCCCUUGCGGUGACAGAUCUCGAAAUUCCCCGUUUGCACUCCCACAAGCCUGCUAUUUUCCACAACUACCCCCAGCUUCUCCGUUCGUGCAAGGACAUAAACGCUCUGCUUCAGAUCCAUGCACAUCUAUUGGUUUCCGGGCUUGAAUCGGACGAUUUUAUCCUCGCCCAGCUUGUAAAUUCCUACUCUUCCUUCCGAAAAUCUGACUUGUCCCGGGCUGUUUUCGAUUCCGUGGUGAACCCAAGUGGCAUUUUGUGGAAUUCCAUGAUUAGAGCUUAUACAAGGACAAACCAUCAUCGAAAUGCUAUUGAAUUGUACCAUGAAAUGGUAAAAAGAGGUGUAGAACCCGAUAAGUACACCUUCACUUUCUUUUUGAAGGCGUGCACGGGAGCUUCAGACUUGGAAGGGGGUGUUUUGAUUCACCGAGAGAUUGUUCGGAAGGGGCUCGAAUGCGAUGUCUUUGUUGGGACUGCACUUAUUGACAUGUAUUCAAAAUUGGGUCAGCUCAAAAUUGCACGUGAGCUGUUCGAACGAAUGCCUGAAUUGGAUGUUGUUGCAUGGAAUGCCAUGAUUGCAGGGUUCUCUCAGAGUGUAGAUCCAAUUGAGGCUUUGGGCUUUUUCAGAAAGAUGCAAUCGGCUUGUGUGGGACCCAAUUCAGUAAGCUUGUUGAAUUUGUUUCCUGCUAUAUGUAGGAUAUCGGCACUUCCCCUAUGCCGGGCUGUGCAUGGUUUUGUAGUUAGGAGAGACUUUCCACUGUCCAUUUAUAAUGGGUUAAUAGAUAUGUACUCGAAGUGCGGAAAUGUGGAAGUUGGUCGUCGGGUUUUUGAUCGAAUGUUGGAUCAGGAUGAUGUUUCGUGGGGUACGAUUAUUUCCAGUUAUGCCCAUAAUGGCUAUUUUUUUGAGGCAUUGGAGCUCUUCAAUGAUCUGAAAAGAGAGUGUGUGAUGGUGAAUCAAGUGGCAGCAGUGAGUGCUCUUUCAGCUGCUGCCGAGAUGAGAGAUUUAGAGAAGGGGAUGGAUGUCCACACCUACUUAAUUAAAAGAGGAAUCGAUGUGGAUAUAUUGGCCACUACAACUCUCAUUACAAUGUAUGCAAAGUGUGGAAAUUUAGAAGAGGGAAAACGGUUGUUUGAUGGGAUUACGGAAAGGGAUACAGUUGCUUGGUCUGCUAUGAUAUCCGCCUUUGUCCAAUCUGAGCAUCCAGAAGAAGGGAUGGCACUUUUUCGAGAAAUGCAAUCGGCAAAAAUCAGACCCAAUAGGGUUACUAUUGUCAGUGUGCUUCCGGCUUGUGCGGAUAUUUCAUAUUUGAAUUUGGGAAGAAGCAUACAUUGCUAUGUCCUGAAAUCCGAUCUCGGUUUUGAUGUUUCGACUGGGACAGCUCUAGUAGCGAUGUAUGCAAAGUGUGGAUCAUUUAAUAAGGCAAAUGCUUUAUUUGAUAAGUUACCGCAGAAGGAUGUCGUGACAUGGAAUGCAUUGAUUAAUGGGUAUGCGCAGAUUGGGGAUGCAUGUAAUGCAAUGAAGAUGUUUCAUCAACUACAAUCAGCGGGCCUUCGCCCAGACUCGGGAACAAUGGUGGGUGUGCUGCCAGCCUGCGUGCUCUUAGGUGCCCAUGAUCAAGGCAUGUGUGUUCAUGGGAAGAUUAUCAAAAGUGGGUUCGAAUCAGAUCUUCAUGUAAAAAAUGCUAUAAUGGACAUGUAUGCAAAGUGCGGAAGCCUUAGCUCAGCUGAGUUCUUGUUCGAUGAGAUUGUGUCCAAUAAGGAUGAGAUAUCAUGGAAUAUAAUGAUAGCCGGAUACACGCAAAAUGGACGCGCGAAGGAUGCAAUAUCUGCCUUUCAUCAGAUGAGAGCUGAAAGUCUUCAGCCCAAUUUAGUCACUAUCGUGAGCGUCCUUCCAGCUGCGGCGUUCUUGGCAGCCUUGAGAGAAGGCAUGGCCCUUCAUUCGUAUGUAAUCCGAACUGGGUUUGAGUCAAAUGUGCUUGUAGGGAACAGCCUCAUUGAUAUGUACGCAAAAUGCGGACGGCUGGAUUUUUCAAAGAAAUUUUUUGAUGGGAUGGAUGGCCGAGAUAUAGUAUCGUGGAAUGCAAUGCUUUCGGGGUAUGCCGUUCAUGGGCAUGGUGAAGAUGCUGUUUCACUCUUUACAAAAAUUCAAGAGGAUUGCAUGGAGGUUGAUUCAGUGUCCUUCAUCAGUGUAUUGUCUGCAUGUAGACACGGAGGUCUAAUUGAUGAAGGAAGAAAAAUCUUUAAUGCCAUGAGCUCUGUAUAUCACCUUGAGCCGGAUUUGGAACACUAUGCUUGCAUGGUUGAUCUCUUAGGCCGUGCAGGACGGUUAGAUGAAGCUUGGAGAUUUAUUCAGAUGAUGCCGAUGGCACCCGAUGCCGGCGUCUGGGGUGCCUUGUUAGGUGCUUGUAGAAUGCAUUCAAAUUUGAAAUUAGGUGAAAUGGCAUUAGAGCAUCUUGUUCAACUAGAGCCUCAAAAUCCUGCUCACUAUGUGGUUCUUUCGAAUAUAUAUGCACAAGUUGGAAACUGGGCCAAGGUUGGGAAGAUGAGAAGUAUGAUGAAUGGUUCAGGAUUGAAGAAAACACCUGGAUGUAGCUGGGUUGAGAUCAAGGAUGCCAUCCAUGCAUUUAGAGUUGGCGAUCAGUCCCACCCACAGUUAGAAAGCAUCUGUAUGUUGUGGAGAGAUUGGAAUGAGAAGAUGGAAAAGAUGGGCUAUGUUCCAGACACAAGCUGUGUACUGCAAAACGUGGAGGAAGAGGAGAAAGAGUUUUUCCUAUAUACUCACAGUGAGCGGCUAGCCAUUGCAUAUGCAGUUUUGAACACUGAAUCUGGAGCGACCAUCCAGAUAGUCAAGAACCUCCGUGUUUGCGGCGAUUGCCACGCUGUGACAAAGUUUGUUUCGAAGAUCACUGGCCGUGGGAUUAUAGUCCGGGAUGCGAGUCGUUUUCAUCACUUUGAAAAUGGCACCUGCUCGUGCAAAGACUACUGGUGAUCUUUGGAGAAUGCGGGUAGCCUGUUUUUGUUGGUGUGGAAGAGAACAUGAACUGUUCCUCCAGAAGGUGGGCCACACCCCAAGAUUCAAACUGUUGGAUGAUCCUAGCUGCUGAUUUGAUUACUUCUUCCAAUUAAAGAUAACCCAUGAAAGAUAACUUGACCAUCAAUAUCAAGGGACGAUUAUCCCUUCAUGUAAAGUGAUGUGCUAUUUCAGGUGAGCCAUGAAUCUCAUGAUUAAACCAAAGUAACUCAAUUUCCAAUUCCAAAUCUUGUAGAAACCUGUUGGAUCUGAAGAUUAAGUUAUGACUGAUAGAACAAGAAGGAGAAUCUUAUUUAAUUUCUUUUAUGUAUUGAAUUUAUCUUGGAAAAUUGGUACCUCUGACAUACGCAAAACAAAAUGAUUUAAAUUAUAUAUCAUUAAAAUGAGCAUUUCUUAUAUUGCAUGUCAUGUGAUUUGUGGGCCGCCGG